AUGUCGCAGCUUCCCGACGCAAGCGCGACGGCCGGCGCGGUGACUCCCGCAACCACACCCAUGGACUUGAGCGGUACUAAACCAAGCACGGAGGACACACCUCAAAUGGCCCCCGGGAGCAAAGUGCGUCUGACGCAUUACGCUGCGAUCCGCAACGGCCUUUUGCCGGUCGAAGGGAAUGGCUACUUUAGCAAUGUGCAGCUCGCGCUCCUGAUUUUUUUUGGGCCCGCAAUUUUGCUGCGCAUUCUCCCCAUUGUAAAAGCUCGCUGGUUUGGGUGGACAUCGUAUCUUUUUCUCGUCGCACUGUGCGGUGUCCCGCUCGCAAUUGCGUACUGGGCCGUGAUGAGCAUGGUUGGCCCGCGAAUCAACGAAAAAGUCGAGCUUCCGAACCGUCCUAUUGAGUACUACCUUGAUAUCAAGGACCCUGCACUGCGCGCCAAGUACCACGGUCGCCACAAGAUCCCUAUGGAGAUCUUCUACGAGAACUACUUUGACGGCAAGAUCGAUGUCAAAGGCGAUGUGCAGGAGGCGCUCGAGUACCGCUGGGACUGGGCUUCGAUGUAUUUUACUCCGAACCUCUUCAAGUACGUCUUGUUCAAUAUGCUUCCCGACGUGUUGAUGCACUCGAGUCGCCAGGAUGAGGAGCAGAUUCGCGACAACUACGACAGGGGCAACGACUUUCACGAGUGGUUCCUUGGUCCUCAAAUGGUGUACACUUCUGGCAUUAUCUCUGACCCGAACCGGGAAGAAACACUGGAGGAACUGCAGGACAACAAAAUGAAUUUGGUAUGCUCCAAACUCGGCUUGAAGCCCACCGACCGCGUCUUGGACAUUGGCUGUGGCUGGGGCACUCUUGCCGCAUUUGCAGCAAAGAACUACGGAUGCGACUACACCGGCGUCACCCUUGCACGCAACCAGACCGAGUUUGGCAACGAGCGCUUGGCCAAGAACGGCAUCCCCACCUCGCAAGCCCGUAUUCUCUGCAUGGACUACCGCGAUAUCCCUGUGCAAAAGGGACACUACACCAAGAUUGUUUGUCUCGAGAUGGCCGAGCACGUCGGCAUCCGCCACUAUGCCAAGUUCCUGCACAACCUGUACGAACUGCUCGACGAUGACGGCGUGAUGGUCUUCCAGGUUGCCGGACUUCGUCCUCGCUGGCAGUACUGGGACCUGAUCUGGGGCUUAUUUAUGAACAAGUACAUCUUCCCAGGCGCAGACGCUUCCUGCCCGCUGAACUGGGUCAUUGGCAAGCUGGAGCACGCAGGCUUUGAGCUUCGCUCAUGCGACGUUGCCGGUAUUCACUACUCGGCUACCAUUGACCGCUGGCUCAAGAACUGGAGGUCGAACGAGGACAAGGUCAAGGCCAAGUACGGCGAGAAAAUGUGGCGCAUCUGGCUCUUUUUCCUUUCCAGCGCCAUCAUUGUCGCACGCGAGGGUGGCUCGUCCGUCUUCCAGAUUACCGUGACCAAGAACUUGAAUGCAACGCACCGCAUCGAGGGUGUUGCAUCUCACGGCAAUCUGCUUCCUCGCCCAGACAAUGGCAAGACGUAUACAAGUGUCUACAAGUAA